CACGGCACGGCGCUGUCCCGCAGAGGACCGGAAGCUCUUCGUGGGGAUGCUGAGCAAGCAGCAGGCGGACGAGGACGUGCGGAAGAUGUUCGAGCCCUUCGGCACCAUCGACGAGUGCACGGUGCUGCGCGGCCCCGACGGCACCAGCAAAGGCUGCGCCUUCGUCAAGUUCCAGAGCCACGCGGAGGCCCAGGCCGCCAUCGCCGCCCUGCACGGGAGCCGCACGCUGCCGGGCGCCUCGUCCAGCCUGGUGGUGAAGUUCGCGGACACGGAGAAGGAGCGGGGGCUGCGGCGCAUGCAGCAGGUGGCCAGCCAGCUGGGCAUGUUCAGCCCCAUCGCGCUCCAGUUCGGCGCCUACAGCGCCUACACGCAGGCGCUGAUGCAGCAGCAGGCGGCCCUGGUGGCCGCGCACUCGGCCUACCUCAGCCCCAUGGCCACCAUGGCCGUCCAGAUGCAGCACAUGGGCACGGUCAACCCCAAUGGGCUCAUCGCCACCCCCCUGCCACCCUCCUCAGGAACCAGCACCCCCCCGGCCAUGGCGGCCACCCCCGUCCCGGCCAUCGCGGCCCCGCUGAGCGUCAACGGCUACAGCCCCGUGCCCGCGCAGCCCGCGGGGCCCCCCGCCCCCGACGCCGUCUACGCCGGGGGGGUCCCCCCCUUCCCAGCCCAGAGCCCCGCGGCCCCCGGGGACCCCCUGCAGCAGGCGUACGCUGGCAUGCAGCACUACACUGCCGCGUACCCGGCCGCCUACGGGCUGGUGAGCCCGGCCUUCGCCCCCCCGGGACCCCUGCUCGCCCCCCCGCCCCCCCCGCAGCAGCAGCAGCGUGAAGGCCCCGAGGGCUGUAACAUCUUCAUCUACCACCUGCCCCAGGAGUUCGCCGACACCGAGAUCCUGCAGAUGUUCCUCCCCUUCGGCAACGUCAUCUCCGCCAAGGUCUUCGUGGACAGGGCCACCAACCAGAGCAAGUGCUUCGGCUUCGUGAGCUUUGACAACCCCGCGAGCGCCCAGGCCGCCAUCCAGGCCAUGAACGGCUUCCAGAUCGGCAUGAAGCGGCUCAAGGUGCAGCUCAAGAGGCCCAAAGACGCCAACCGGCCCUACUGAGCCCGGUGAGACCCCCGGGACCCCCGGCCCGGAGGCUCCGGAGCAGCACCUUUGGGUGCCCCCCCAUUGCAGAGCAGCCCCCCCAAACCCAGCGGUGCCCGGGGGGGGGGGGGGGGGGCUCGGUCCUGCUGGGGGGGG